CUGCGUAUCCGCGUAUGUGCUGGUCUGUACCAUGCAGGCUGUGGCUGGCAUGCAUCUGCUUGCUCAUUAUGGGGGUUGAACAGCUGCAUGCAUGUUUGCCUGCAGAGUGGGCCUUCGGGAGCCUCCCUUUCGGACCCCCACCCACUGCUCCCUUCACUCGCAGUGUGUGAGGGAGAGAGCGAGCAAGCAAGAGAGAGAGAGAGAGCGAGAGAGAGAGAGAGAGCAUGCGCUGCCAUAGACUUGACUUGGACCACACGCUGACUCGUUUUUUUGAAGGGAGAGCCGAGAGAGUGAACGGGAGUAAUCGCAAAGAGAGGGCCACGGAGGGGGCUCACUUCUUUAGAGGUAGGGGAGCGUGAGUUACUGAGAGAGGACCGUACAAGGGCUGAGGGAAAGAGGGGGAGAGAAGCUGAAAAAAAAAGAGGUGGCUUUUUCUUAUUCUGAUUUGAAAUGGAGGAUUCAGCUGGUGGAGCCCGCAAAGCCACCAAGAGUAAACUCUUUGAGUUCCUGGUCCAUGGGGUGCGCCCAGGGAUGACUUCAGGGGCCCGGAUGCCACAUCAGGGGGCUCCAAUGGGGCCACCGGGACCCCCGUAUGGAGGGACGCCCUCUGUACGGCCUGGACCCCCGAACCCUGCACUGGACCCCAGCCGCAAGCGCUCAGCCCCCACCCAGCAGGCCCAGCAGGCCCAGCAGCAGCCAGCCGUCCAGUCCCGGCCCAGGAAGAAACCGGUGGGAUUCCCAGCAGCCAAUGAGAUGGCCUCGAGACAGAUCGACAUGCGAGAAGCCCAAUCAGAUCCUCCAAUUGGAUCCAAUGCCAAGAGAAGGAAAAUGGCAGACAAGAUUCUCCCUCAGAGGAUCCGUGAGCUUGUCCCAGAAUCGCAGGCCUACAUGGACCUGCUGGCUUUUGAACGCAAACUGGACCAAACUAUCAUGAGGAAAAGAGUGGAUAUCCAAGAGGCUCUUAAAAGACCAAUGAAGCAAAAGCGCAAGUUGAGACUAUACAUCUCGAACACCUUCAACCCUGCCAAACCCGAAGCUGAGGACUCAGAGGGAAGCAUUGCAUCCUGGGAGCUGCGGGUUGAGGGAAAGCUGCUGGAUGACCCUGCGAAGCAGAAGCGAAAGUUCUCUUCCUUCUUCAAGAGCCUGGUCAUCGAGCUGGACAAGGAUCUUUAUGGUCCAGACAAUCAUUUAGUUGAGUGGCACAGGACCCCCACCACCCAGGAGACGGAUGGCUUCCAAGUGAAGAGACCUGGGGAUGUGAACGUCCACUGUACAUUGCUGCUGAUGCUGGAUUACCAGCCUCCCCAGUUUAAACUGGACCCACGGUUGGCCCGCCUUCUGGGCAUCCACACUCAGACGCGCAGCUGCAUCAUCCAGGCUCUGUGGCAGUACUUCAAGACCAACAAGUUGCAGGACUCCCAUGAAAAGGAGUACAUCAACUGUGACAAAUACUUCCAGCAGAUUUUUGACUGUCCUCGUUUGAAGUUCAGUGAGAUACCCCAGCGGCUCACUAACUUGCUGCUUCCCCCUGAUCCCAUAGUCAUCAACCAUAUCAUCAGUGUGGAUCCAAAUGAUCAGAAGAAGACGGCUUGUUAUGACAUUGAUGUGGAGGUGGAAGACCCUCUGAAGACCCAGAUGAGUGGCUUCCUGCUGUCAACGGCCAAUCAGCAAGAGAUCGCCCUGCUUGACAACAAGAUUCACGAGACCAUCGAGUCCAUCAACCAGCUCAAGAUCCAAAGAGACUUCAUGCUGAGCUUCUCCCGAGACCCUAAAGGCUACAUAGAGGACUGGAUUUGCUCCCAAAACCGCGACCUGAAGUUAAUGACGGAUGUGGUUGGGAAUCCAGAAGAGGAAAGAAAAGCAGAGUUUUAUAACCAGCCGUGGUCACCGGAAGCUGUCAGUCGUUACUUCUAUAGCAAGAUUCAACAAAGAAGAUUAGAACUUGAACAGUCUUUGGCAGUGCGCAACACCUAAACUGUUCCCUAUGGGAAACUGCUCGUGCAUCAUUUUGUUUGUGGAAAUGACAAAUUGAGUCCUCCAUUCAUGACCAUUCUUAGCCUUUUUGGAUCAGCCAACCACUGAUCUUUAAUUCUCCAGCAACUCCAGUGACAUGAGAUUUCAGCGUUGUCUGAAGGAAAAGCAGCAGAAUUCAAAUAAAAAAGAGAACUCCAGUAUGUACCAUCCAUUUGGUCAUUACUUGCCAUACUCUGAAAGACACAUGUUGAGACAGUUUUACGUGAUCGGACUUAACCAUUUUAAUAUUCAUCCAGGGACUGCUUUGAUUUUGAUUGCCCUUUAAGAGUGCUUAAGAGUUUUUGUGUGGACUGGGUUCUGCUUGAGCCGUUAGUUUGAUUCAUUUCGUUGAUGUGAAAGCUGUUUUCCGAGCUCGGGUGUGCACCAAGUGACUGUGACCGAGUCCUCCAGAAAACGGGGGUCUGCGGUACAGUUCACCUGAAUAACCACCGUUUCGUUUCGUGAAGGAGAGGAACGAGGUACAACACAGAUAGUCAUAUCACGCCCUCAGCAGGUCAUCACCGUCUACUGAGUGCAACCCAGCACUCUUCAACAAGCACUAGCUGCUGUGCAGGGCAAACUACCGUUAAACCUCAUUCCUCUCCUACAGGGAACAGUGGUUAUAUGCAUGACCUUACGUUCCCUUUCAGUCGAUUCACUCAGUACAACACAGAUAGUAUGGGACCUAUGACCACGCCACACACAGCUGAGGCUGAAUAGAAUAUUAGUACCCAACCGGUCCAGCAGAGAGGAUGGAGGAAGCCACUGAUGGGGCCACCAUGUCCAAGCAGUAGAAGCUAAAAAGGUAUAGGAGGACACCCAUGAUCGAUGACACACACCUCCUCCACUGACACACCCCUGAACAAUGCCCAGGAUGCUGCCCUCCCCCUAGUGGAAUAAGCACACACACUCAGGCAAAGGCAGGCCCCUGCUGUUGCAAGCCAGGGAGAUGGCCUCCACAAUCCAGUGGGAGAGCCGCUGUGCCCUGCCACGAAGCUCCAUUAACAUAACGGACAAAGAGCUGGUCACAUGACCGAAACUCCUGGGUACGGGAAAUAUAUGUACACUGAGCACAGUGUAUGCCGCCUCCUCCGCUCCUCGUGGCUGUUGAGUUGUCUGUCCUCAUCAGAACAUGGUGGCCCAGCAGAGCCAGGAGGGAAUGCUUGAGAGCUAAACGAACGGUCAGUGGCUCUAGAUAGUUUAUAUGGAGCCUGCUCUGAGAUAGGGACCACUCCUCCCUCACGGUCAUGCCCUCACACAUCGCCCCUCCCCUCCAGCCUCUGGUGGAAGUGUGUGUCCUCACCACUUUGCAAAAUAACAUUAUGGGUGCUCCUUCACAGAGGAACUGGUGUUGCCUCCACGGUGAGAGCGCCAUCAGACAAGCUGCAUUUACCUCCAAUACAUGAUUUGAUGUGCUGAGGCGGUGAGAUCAAAUCCACUGCCGACAGAAGAAGGCACUGGCUCUAAUUCGCACAACUCCUCCAUCAGCCGAGCCAGCGGCCAUUUCUCCACCCGGCUCCACCUCGCCCUCAGAGAUGGUGCGGCAGAUUAGAGGAGAGGAGAGGAGAGGAGACACGCAAGGGCGUGAUAUCCCAUACUAUCUGUUUUGUACCGAGUGAAUCAAGGGCACAGACCAAAUGGGAAAAACAGCCUCUAAAGCACAGAUGAAAUCAACUAAAGUACAUUGUUUUGUUUGUUUGUUUGUGUGUCUUU